AAAGACAAAUAAAAUUUGUUUAAACAUGAAAAAAACAAAAAAAAAAAGAUUUCACGAUACAGAACAUAAAUUAACUUAAGUCUCAUGAUUGUUAUUGAAAUGAUAUGUUUUCAACAAAUCAACGUACCGGUAUUUACAAACGGAUCGAUAAAUGUAAUAAAACAAUUUUGUAGGAUCUUACUCCAACAUAAUCGUUUGUAAAAAAUUACCAACGAUUAAAGAAAGCUAAUAUUCUUAUUAAAAUGAAUCGGGACUUACUUAUGUCGCGUUAUGUCUUACCGAUGAUGUUAACGUUUGCAGUAGCUGAAGGUUACGUCGAGCCGCCAAACUGCUACCAACAGACAGCCUAUCCGUUCAUCACGGAGAAGCAAUCGAGGAUGUUUAUCAAGGUUCACAGAGGUCGGCGGGCAGUCGAUUGCACGAACAAAGUGUGGCCUAUAGAUUGUAUCAGUGAUGAAGUAGGCUGUGAAUGUAAUAUGCAAGCGUGUUCUAAAGAAAGUGAUCGUGAACAUUACUGUCAUGCGCAAGGAACUCAUUGUGGACCAGGAAUGAUUUGCUAUCUAUCAGUUCCUUGCCCUGUACACUGGACAACCACAUGUACAGAUGAUGCAUGUUUGAGUUACCCAUGCAAAUAUGGCACAUGCACAGAUGGGAUUGGGACGUAUACAUGCACGUGCCAAGCAGGCUACGAGGGAAUAAAUUGUGAAACAGAGACUAACGAAUGCGACAGCAACCCUUGUCAAAAUGGCGGCACUUGUCAUGACCAUCUGAACAGCUAUACUUGCACAUGCACAGAAGAUUAUACAGGAAUAAACUGUGAAAUUGAUAUGUGUAAACCCCAGUUUCCGACUGGCGCUGAUGUCGUUUUCCUCUUGGAUACCUCAAAAAGUCAAGAUGGCGUUGAUUUUGAAAACCAAAAGCAGUAUGUGAAGGAUUUUAUAUCUGAUUUUCCAAUAGGACCAAAUGAUUUUCAAAUUGCUUUAGUCACAGCUUCACUGAAUGCAAAGGUGUAUUUUUACCUAGAUAGUUAUUCAGAUGAUACUAAAAUGAUGUCUGCGAUAGAUUCUAUUGUAUUUGAUAAUGGCCCAAGUUUUACUGGAAAGGGACUUUUGGCUAUACGGGAACAAGUGUUUACUGCCGCUAAAGGUGCCAGAAACGGUGUAUAUAAAUAUGUCCUUGUGUUAAGUGACGGGCUUUCAUCAGACCCUGUUGAUACAAUACUACAGGCGGAUUUACUGAAAAAGACUGGGGUUGAUGUCAUAUCCGUUGCCAUUGGAAACCAAAUCAACCACAAAGAGUUGGCUGAUAUAGCUAGUCUCUGGAGGAGAGUAUUUCCAGCCAGCAGCAAAGACGCUGUAAAUGCCAUCUUAAAAGCGCAUGUUAUGGAUGAGUGCCCAGAUUGUUAUCACAGUACUAGUGAUGUGGCUAUAAUUGUCGACAGUUCUGGCAAUAUCUCGCCCGUCAACUACCAUGAACAAAUUUCUGCUCUAGGGGUUCUUCUGAAUGCAAUUCCAAUUGGAGCAGACAGCAUACACGUCAGCCUGUCUCAUUUUUCACACAAGGUUGAGGACGUUUUUCCGUUUAAUCUGUACUUUUCGGCGCCGGAUAUGAUUAUCAAACUUAACGGAAUGAGACAAUCUUCAGCAAGCGGAAAUGUUACAAACGCGUUGAAACAUUUGCGACAGUUUGGUUUCCGGUCUUCAAAUGGGGCAAGGACAGAAACUAGAAAGUUGGCUUUACUGGUUACCAGCGGAAAUCUUGAAAACGAGAACCAGCAUGAAGUGUUAACAGAAGCGAAAAGUCUAAAAGAUACUGGUGUUAUUUUGGCUACUAUUUCUAUCGAUGCAAAUAUCAAUAUGACGUCAUUAUUGCUUGAAAUGGCGUCUGAUCCAAUGUACAUGUAUGCCAUUGGGAACGACCUCGAUAUCGGUUCUGAGGUUCUCUACACGUUAAUUGGGUCAUUAGAUUUUGAUGUUUGUGAAAUGGACUAGAAAUAUUUUGUCAUUAGGUGUUUGGAUAGCUAAGAUAUAUUGAACUGUGAAUCUGUUGAAUUUUAGAUCUACCUCUUUGGAGCUCGAGGAGAAAACAAUCUUAAUUAUUGACAUUUUAAAUUUGAAAAGUUAAAGAGAUCAUGUAAGAUUCAAACUAAUAAAUGCGUACGAUGGAAGAGUG